AUGGCGUCGACCGCGUUUCGCGACUCUUUAAGCUCGCUGGGCUGGAGCCGCAGACAAGAUGAGCCAGUCAACACAGCUCCGGAGACGGGCCUAUUCGCAUCCAUCAGGAACUUGAACCCGUUCCAGGACCGCAGCUAUGUCCGACUUCCAACCUCAGAAGGUCCAGGUGCGCCUCUACCGGCUCCCACUCGGCGAGAAGAGGAGGAAGGCUGGUUUGUUCUCAGUAGAUGGGACCGGCUGUUGGUCUUUGGGGCCUGCAACUUGGCUGCUCUGGCCUGUUUUGCCAUUUGCUUCACCCUGUUUCCGAUAUUGGCAACCCGGCCGCGCAAGUUUGUUGUUUUAUGGACCGUUGGGUCUGUACUCUUCUUAGCCUCGUUUGCAGCGGUCAUGGGCCCUAUGAACUAUGUCUACCAUCUUCUCUCCGCGCAACGACUGCCGUUCACAGCAGCGUAUUUUGGUUCCAUUGCCAUGACACUUGUCUUCGCACUCAAGCUGCAUAGCACCAUCUUAACCCUCUUUUCCUCCCUUGUCCAGUUGGCAUGUCUACUAUGGUACCUCAUCAGCUACUUUCCCAUGGGCGCCACUGGUCUCCGUCUAGCCGCAUCAUUUGGAACCCGGCAAGCAACGUCAUGGAUGUCAGGAUAG